UUAACCGGAUGCUACUUGAGAUAGCGGAGGUUCCAGGACAACUAGCUACAAGAAAAAGCCUCUGUCAUUUAAAACGUGUUUGCCGAUUAUUGUACAGUAUCACUUAAUGUUUUAACCGGUCUUGUUGCUGCCUUCGACAGGAAAACGUGAUGAACGUGUUUAUUUUAUGGGAACAGGCUAUAUGGAAUGAGCAAUAACUGUAAUGAUGCACGAGCUGCUGCUUGAAAGCAUAGGAAGCUUGCUAGAUGGCUAGCUAGCUAGCGAACGGGUAAUUUAUAGGAAAUAGACAGUGCUAUAUAUCUGAAUCAACAUGGCAAACAAUAUUAUAAGGCAAAUUGGACAACUCUGCAAUUAUCUCCAAGACCCGAUUCAUGUAGCGCGGUUUCAGCAGAUCUGUGGUGUGCGCGGGACGUUUUCUAGGAACCCAGCAGAGACCAAAGAAGUGGAGCGAGCUCGCUUGCACAACAACAGCAUUAGCCAUCUCCAGGGUGAAAGUGAGAAAUGUACUGUCAACGGAGGUGGAGAAGGGGAGAAAACCGAGAGUCUUCGGCAGAGGAAAGUCACCUCUCCGGGGAACAGUUUGAAACAGGAAGGGGUAGACAAUGCUUCUCAGAACGAGGCAAUGGUCACUCCUGCUGCGGGGAAAACGGACGGGCACAGCGGGAACGGUUGCCGCCUCGUUAGAGCCAGUGAUGUUGGGGUACCGGACCUCACAGAAAACUGUUCAAGUGGCGUCAACGAGUCCAGGGUGGAAUGCACCUCUGAGACACCUGAUGUCCGGAUUAGUGAGCACCCAAGUCCUUCUAGGAGCACUGUCAAGCCCUUGCGCAAAAAUUCCCUGACAGGCGAUAUGGGCCAGGAGUUUUUAAUCGAGAACACGUUUUUGUACUACCUGUUCACCUUCGGAACUGAGCUGGGCAAUGAGCUGUUUUACAUCACCUUUUUCCCGUUCAUCAUAUGGAACGUGGACGCUUACGUCAGCCGGCGACUGAUCAUAGUCUGGGUUUGGGUCAUGUACCUUGGCCAGAGCACCAAGGAUGUUAUUCGCAGGUCCAGGCCAGCCUCACCGCCCGUGGUUAAGGUGGAGAUGUUCUACAACUCUGAGUAUAGUAUGCCCUCUACACACGCCAUGGCAGGCACGGCCAUUCCCUUCACACUGUUCCUGCUGACCUAUGGCCGUUGGGAGUACCCCUUCAUGUUUGGGUUAACUCUGGCAAUGUGCUGGUGUGUGCUGGUCUGCAUAAGCCGCAUCUACAUGGGUAUGCACUCCAUCCUGGACGUCAUUGCUGGCUUCCUGUACAGCCUCCUGAUCCUGGUGGUAUUCCAGCCGGCGCUGGACCUGAUUGACAACUUCAACCUGACGUACCGCUACGCUCCCCUCAUCAUCAUCUCCCUGCACCUGGGCAUGGGCCUCUUCUCCUUCACCCUGGACACCUGGAGCACCUCGCGGGGCGAUACCGCUCAGAUCCUGGGCACUGGCGCUGGCAUGGCCCUAGCCUCCCACCUUAACCACUACCUGGGCCUGAUGCCCGACCCCCCGCUGGACCAGCUGCCCCUGUCCCCCCCGGCCCUCAGUGCCGCCCUGCUGGUCGUAGCCAUGCUGAGGAUGUGCCUGGGUGUACUGGUGCUGCUGGCCAUCAGGGCCCUCAUGAAGGCCAUCACCAUCCCUCUGGCCUGCCGUAUCUCUGGCAUCCCAAGUGGAGACUUGAGGAAGGCCCGACAGCACAUGGAGGUCGAGCUGCCCUACAGGUACAUUGUGUACAGCACGGUGGGCUUCAGCACCAUCUUCCUGGUACCCCAGCUCUUCACCUUCCUGCAGCUGUCCUGAUGAGAGAGCCUUGUGGAUCCCCCAGUCCCCUGCCCUCACCCUGCUCAUCUAAAACCAAGCCCAUAGGAACAUGGGAAAUUCACACCUUACAUAUCCUGUACAUCCAACCCCCUCUGCCACUAACCCUUGUCCCUGCCAGCUCUAACGACAGAAACCUCUUAUCAGGGAACUCCUAAAGACUUGAGUUGACAGGAUGUCAGCACUGAUUACUAAAUCCUAUUCCCUGUAUCUUACUUUGAUUUUUUUUAUUCAAUCAGAAUUUGUUUAUCUUUAAUUUCCCAUUUUAUGGUCUCAAUUUGAAAGGAAAUGCACUAAUGAUUUUAGCGAACUCAAGGGCCUUUGUAUUUUUCUGGCUUUGGGCAUCAGGGCAAGUUAUGGGAUCAACCAGACUAAUAAUUCUGUCUAUUAUUAGUCACCCCUUCCCUAACCAUACCUACAUUGUCUAUCCUGAGUAUUUAUUUAAAAUACUUUAUCUGCUUUUUCGUACUUGGGAGAAAAUUAGGAAUCAAUUCUAAUCUGAUGAAUUCAGUCUGCUUCCUGGUUGUGUUCUCUUAUCUAUUUUUCUAAAGGGCUCUUUUUAUCUAUUGUUGAUUUUGAAGAUGAUCCGUUGAGGUUUGAAUAUAUUGAUUUUUACUGUGUACUGAUGGGAGAAAAGCCAUGACUGGGGCUGGGCACAUAUGAUGCAGCGGCGUCACUUGGUCACUGUGUUAUAUAUAGAGGACAGGACAUUGCCCCUAUAGGUCAGAGGGUUAAAAGUAGGAUUGUUUUAAGCGUCAGGAGGACUUGGCUUAGACACACAGUGAGGAACUUCCUGUUUUACAGGAGGGGAUGCACAUGACCACACGCAAUCACUUCCUGCGGGUCUCGUGUUUGGAGGGGAUAAGGGAGGUUUAGAGGAGAUAACACCAACCCCAAGGGUAAAGGCAUGCACGCGGCAGGGGUUUGACAGAGAGAGGAGAGAGCUGCACUAGAAAUAAGUAUAGGAGCUAAGUUCUGCUUAAAUGCAGGUCAUUUUGUUCAAACAUAAUUUGCAUUCACAGAGGGAUUUCACAUGGAAAGCCUCUCAACAUAACUAAGCUAGACAGUUUAUCUUCCAGGUGUACUUUAAUGAACACUUUGGCAACUCUUUUCUCUCACUGUAUGUUUCACCCCCUUGAUUCUCUCUUCGUCAUGUCCCCCCAACCGUCCUCCCUAUCUACCUUCCUUUGCAUCCUCUCUUUAGAACUCUUCCAUGUCCAUAGUGACUGGACUAGAGCCACACAUUUUAUUUAUAUAUUUAUAUAUAUAUACACACACACACACACUACCGUUCAAAGGUUUGGGGUCA